AUGUCGACCUUGGACGUGAAGGAUAUUGAGAAUGGACCGGCUCGCCGGGUCGAGGAAGAGGGGGGCAUGUGGGAGAAUGAUAUGGAGAAGACGCCAUCCGUGGAGAGGGAUCCUUUUGGAAAUGAAGCUGUGGGAGAGGUUCACUAUAAGACUCUCGACUGGUGGCAAUCUGGCAUGCUGAUGAUCGCCGAGACUGUAUCCCUGGGUGUUCUGUCUCUGCCCGCCACCGUGGCUGAGGUUGGCCUGAUUCCUAAUGCAAUCAGUGCCAUCAUCCUUAUCGUGGGCAUGGGCAUCAUUGCCACCUACUCCGGCUACGUCAUUGGACAGUUCCGGGCCAGAUACCCCUUCAUCCACAGCAUGGCGGAUGCCGGCGAGGUCUUGUGCGGCCGCUACGGUCGCAUGUUCACGGAAUUUGCUCAGCUGGUGUUCUUCAUGUUUGCAUCUGGCAGNCACUUGGUGACCUUCACCGUUAUGAUGAACACCCUUACCAACCACGGAACCUGCUCUGUCGUGUUUGGCGUCGUCGGCUUGGUGCUUUCCUUCGCCUGCUCUCUUCCUCGUACCAUGAAGAACGUCUCAUGGCUGGCUGUCACUUCCUUCCUCAGUAUUUUCACGGCCGUCUUGAUCACCAUGAUUGGUGUCGCCGUUGAACAUCCGAACCCUCCGCCCAUGCAGCUUACCCGCUCAACUUCUUUCGUCAAGGGUUUCUCGGCUGUCACUAACAUCGCUUUCGCCUACUGUGGUCACCCGGCUUUCUUUGGUUUCAUCGCCGAAAUGAAGGAGCCCAAGGACUUCCCCAAGUCCCUCUGUAUGUUGCAGGGUUUCGAGAUCGUCUUCUAUACGGUCGCCUCCGCCGUCAUCUACCGCUACGCCGGUCAGAACGUCACCUCCCCCGCCCUGGGCUCUGCCGGUAUCGUCGUUCGCAAGGUCGCCUACGGCAUUGCCAUCCCCACCAUCGUCAUCGCGGGUGUCGUCCUGGGACACGUGGCCAUCAAGAACGUCUAUGUCCGUCUCUUCCGCGGCACGGAUGUCAUGCACAAGCGCAGUGCCCUGGGUAUCGGUGCCUGGAUUGGGCUCGCUGCGGGCUACUGGAUUAUUGCCUGGGUGAUUGCCGAGGCCAUUCCUGUCUUUAGCGAUCUCGUCAGCUUGGUCAGCGCAUUGUUUGCCAGUUGGUUUUCAUUCGGUCUGCCCGGUGUCUUCUGGCUGUACAUGUACUGGGGCAACUACUUCACCUCGGUUCGCAAAACGCUCCUUACUCUUGCCAACCUGGCGUUGUUCGGCAUUGGCGCUACCAUCUGUGUCUGUGGUCUGUGGGUCUCUGGCCUCUCGAUCUCUAGUGACAGCUCUGGCAGCAGCUUUUCGUGCGCCAAUAAUGCCUAA